AUGUUCACUGAACCACAGGUUUCGCCAUCGGGUGUACUGAUUCUUACGGACGAAGAGAAACGGACCCUUAUCACCGAGGGCUACUCAAUCCCCACUCGCCUUCCUUUAUCUAAACAAGAUGAACGUAAUCUGAAGAAAGUUAGGCGGAAAAUCAAAAACAAAAUCAGUGCGCAAGAGAGUCGCCGAAAAAAGAAGGAGUAUCUGGAAGCUUUGGAACGAAAAACAAGUAGUGGCAUGAGUAAUAAUGGGCACAAUAGCACCGGCAGCUCCACUAACAACAGUGUUGGUGGCACUGGUGGUGGUGGUGGGUCUGCAUCAACCUGUCUUAUGGUGUUUGCCUUGUUCUUCGCCGCUCUCCUAGUGGGGAAACCGCCACCAACAACAAACCGAAGCCCUUUAGAUUCUGGCCUAAUAUUUGCACCGUCCUCUCAGGGUUUACUGGACAAUUUGAUGUCCAACGGGCCGGCCAGUUUUGUUUCUGGUUCGUUCAGUCAGAUCGGGUAUACUUGGUCACGUCGCCCCGUUUAUGGACCUUAUUUUGGCCACGGAAUACGACCUCCGAACAUGCAAUGGUCUUUUGGAAAUAACUCGAUAUCUCAGCGUACAUCAUCUGACUUCUCUAUGGAUUCAACCCAGUCAGAACGUUCAGACUGUAAAGAAAGUGUGGAUUGGCACUGUACAACUCUGGUUGACAGUCAACAUAAUUCGAUUUUGUCCGGGUCAAAAGCCAAGUCAACACCAACUCCACGUUCGCGUUUACUGGGUGCUCCUCAUGAGCUUGACGAAUGCUCGGCGCCACCACGAACCCUCUGGUCAUUCCUUUUUGGUUUUGCUGGGAAGCCAAAUCCGACCAGAGUGAAAGACUCUGUGAAUGUGUGUAGCCUAUCUGAUCCAAAUUGCCUAUUUAUGGAUGAUCACAGUCACUUCCCAGCCGAAGUGGAACCAGCUAUGGAUUUAUUCACUCCGAAAAGUGCCCAAGAGAAACUGAUGACCCAUGCAAACGAAACAGCCACUACCGUCCCUGUGAUCCACUCUGGACCACGUUCGACGUUGGCCACCGUGAUCACCGUCGCCUAG